CAGAGGGCUGUCUUACCUGCUGAAACGCGCUUCAACAUUCAGCACAACAGAGCCCUCUUUUACGCUCAUAUCCAAUUAAUAUCCACGCCUGCGAGGUCAACGCUUCGCUCUCGCUUCUUCUUCAGCUUUGUUCCGUUUGCUCUCCUGUUUCGUUUUGAUGCAACGAGCUUGGCUGCUUUGCCAUGUCUCCUGGAUUGUCUCUGCCAGAGUAGACGAACAAAGCGCAUCAAGUCUCUCCAGAGAGCUCCCUCCUCUCAAAACCACGGAUUUUUGACUGUAAGUAGGUUUCGCAGGAUAGCCACUGGGCAACGUGGGCUGUUUUUCAUUUUUGAUAUAGGCUGCCUUGUGUUUAAUUUACUUGGAUAGAGCGAUCUAUUAAAAAAUGGAUAGGCUACGCUUUUUCUUAGCCCGACGGAUAGGCAUUUAAUUUAGGAAACAUCCAAUCCCACUGCUGGACAAAAAUGAUGGCACGGUUUUGGAUAGCGCUGGACACGUUAUUGGUUUCCUGGGACUAGACUUUUGUCGAUGUUUGAAACCAACAAAAACAUCUCGGUACAGCAGCGCAUACGAAAACAUUUCAUUUCCCAGAGGCGUGAAUCACUAUAUGAAAAAAAUUUGCCCCUACACUUUUAAAGUAUACUGAGAAGCACAUCACCGAAAAAAAAUGGAGCAUACUGGGAUCGAGGAGGUGAACCAGACGCACCAGCAGCAGCAUGAACCCAUCAGUUUCGGGAUUGACCAGAUCCUUAACAGUUCGGACCAGUCCAGCGGUUGCAUGCUGCCCAACCGGACCGGCGACCCGGAUUACGCGUUGGCCUCCAAUGUCUACAGCAACGGCUACAACAGCGUCUACAACCCAGCCUGCUCUAUGGCGGCAGCGGCGGGUUUGGCCGGCUCCUAUAACGUCAACAUGAACAUGAACGUUAGUAUGAACAUGAACAUGAACGUCAAUGUGAACUCUGGAGGCGCAGGCGGCGUAAUUCGGGUGCCAGCGCACAGACCCAUGCCGCCUCCGCCACCACCGCCCGCGGCUACUGCUCCUCAUCCGCCCCCUUCGACGCAUCCGCCGGGUAUCGGACCCGGCAUUCCCUCAGUGCCCGGGAUGGGAAUGGGGAACGCAGCAAACUUCACCUUUCCGUGGAUGGAGAGCAGUAGGAGGUUUGCCAAGGACAGACUAACAGGGGAGCAGGCAGAGGAAAGGCGAGCCGGGGAGGCCGCAGGGGGGCCAGAGGCAACCGGGUCCCUCUGUCCUCUCCCCAAGGGAGACAUCAGCAGGGUCCCUGUCUGGAGCACUGUGGAGACAUUAGCCAAAUGCUAUUACCCUGAGCUUGCUCACCUGCGAGACGGCAAUGGCUUUCUAGCAGACUAUCCUUUUCCAAAGGGGGCUUGCCCAGCUGCUCUCUCACCCUUCUCUGUGACCCGUCGCAUCGGUCACCCCUACCAGAACCGAACGCCACCCAAAAGAAAAAAGCCCCGCACCUCCUUCAGCCGGGUGCAGAUCUGCGAGCUGGAGAAACGUUUUCACCGGCAGAAGUACCUGGCAUCGGCUGAGCGCGCUACUUUGGCAAAGGCCCUGAAGAUGACAGAUGCACAAGUUAAGACCUGGUUUCAGAACAGGCGGACAAAAUGGCGGAGACAAACAGCAGAGGAGAGAGAAGCUGAGAGGCAGCAGGCCAACCGGCUGAUGCUGCAGCUUCAGCAGGAAGCUUUCCAGAAGACGUUGAGCCAGCCACUGCAGCCAGACCCACUCUGCCUGCAUAACUCCUCCCUCUACGCCCUGCAGAACCUGCAGCCGUGGGCAGAAGACAAUAAGGUGACCUCCGUCACCUCCGUGGCAUCUGUAGUGUGAGCGUAUGUGUGUGUGAGUGUGUGUCUAGGAGAGACGGGGAGGGAGGGAAAAGGACAGAAGGAGGAACAAAGGCAGGAAUUAAAUGACUUUAUCAAAGUGUCAACAGUGUGAGUGGACAAAAGAGAAGAAUUUGUUUUAUGUAUGUCUGAAAAAUAUGAUGUUGAAAAACUGGGAUAUCAUAGAUACAGAAGAAUUGUGCUUGCAUUGAAGAAAAAAAAGGUGGACACCGUUUCCUCAUUCAUUGAUCGUUACCAGCAACAUGAUGUGUAGACAGAGACAGCUAUCUGUUACUGCCAAGACCUACAAAACACUAAGCGGACUUCACAGCAUAGGAGCCGCACUUACAGUGCUGUUUGUCAAAAAAUUAAUCAACUCUACAAGUGUUAUCUUAAAUAUCUAAAGUCUGUUGAGUCAUAUCCUGCCUUACACCAAGUUUCCGCUUUCCCUUCAGCUGUCGGUCUAAAAGAGAAGAGGGCACUUAUCCCUAAGUGCCAGGAAACAAAUGGACACCUCUGUACAUGCCCAACUAUCAAGACUGUCCCCCCUUUUGCCUCUGGAUCCUUCACGAGGCGGCAGAGACUCUCUGCCAGAAAAGGCAAAUAAAAGACCUCCUGUUUUGUUUUGUUUUCCUUUGCUUUUUACUUUGUACAAUGUAGUAAAUGCAUGUUUCAACCAUUUUCUGUGUGCACUUGGAAGUACCAUUGAAUUCAGCUGCUGUCAAGGUGGAUCUCCUCCCCCAACCGCAGUGCUCAAGUGGUAAUGGAUUGGUCCGGAUCAUGGAUUCCUCAUUAUGUUAAUUCUAAAGUGUUUUAUAUUAAAUGAUAUUGUGACUUUUUGAAAAGAUGACAGUCCUCUCUCUUUUUCUUGAUAUGCUUCACAUCGUUGCAUUCCUACCUGUUUUUGUAACCAUUAUGAAAACAAUGCAAUAACA